GUAAAAAGUUUUGUUCUUGAGAAACCAUGUUUCAAAAUUAUUUAUUAAAAAGCCUUUUUGCUUGUUACUGUUGUGUACGUAGUUAAGUUCGUUUAAUCGUCAAGUGAAGCUGACGUGCAUUUAAAAUUUAGUUGUGAAUGGCUGCUUAUGUUUACGGUAGUUCUUUGUUCGGCUUUGUAGUUCGUGUGCUAGUGCAGUAGUUUUUAGCUGGUACAUGUAAUUCGAGUGUGAUUGUUCGGAACCUGUGAGCAGAAUGCUUCCCACCAACGGUGUGUUUGACUUUGAAUCGAUGCUGAUUCUCGCAAAUCCAGAUGUGUGCGUGUUGGUACGAAUUUCUUGUUGUUGCAUGACUGUAUGUUUUGCUUUUCUUGUUUUGGCUUGUUCUUAUUCAAAGUGGAUGAAGCCUUUAAAGUAAUUUGUGUUCCUAGGAAUCCAUUGCGGAUCGCUUUUUAGGGGAUUCUUUGAAUUUUGCUUCGAGCUUUUUGAGUUUGCUGUGGUUUCUUUGGUCGUCAACACUGUGCGGAUUAAGCGACUGCAAACUGAAUUAUGCAGAUUCUGCAUACAUUUAUGCAAUAUCCUCAUUACCUGUUUCUCACGUACCACAGAUUACCUUCAGUGCUGUACUGUACAUAAAUUGUGGAUAUUACAAGAUUUCUGUGAGACGGAAGUUUAAUUCAAGUUAUCGAAGAACAAAAUGUAAUUCAAUUAUUGCAUUACUUUCUCUCCAAGUCCGGCAUUUUUAUUCGGUUAUGAGUAAUCUACAGAGAAAAUACAAACAUAAAGGAGAGGAGAAAAUGUGGUGCUUCAUGAAGGGAAUGUUUGGGGAAAAUUUGCGACCUUUCCUAGAAUCUCUUGUGAUUCAUUGAGGCAUUCCAGCAUAAGCAUGGAGACAACAUCGUAUUAUACGUUAGAGAUUAAAAAAAAUUCUGUUUUCGGAGUUAGAUCCUGACGAUUACGCAGUCGUGAAAUAACAUUUUUCUUCUGUUCUAGUACAUAUUUUUUAUCUUAUUGGUACGCGUCCACGUGAAAUGAUUUGAAAAGGACAUUUUUCCGCGUGAAUUCCUGUUCGCAAAAAAAAACGACAGGUGGGCGUAGUUUGAUGAUUGAUUCGAAUCAAACUUGAUUCUUGGGUCUUCAGUUGCAAAGUAACUCAUGCCCAAAUCGAUAAUAUUUCAGUGCUAUGUCUUAAUUAUUUUGCUGACAGAAAUGAUCAAGAAUGUGAUGCUGUCAGUGUUUAGAACUGUGUACUGCAUGUAGGGUUGCAUCAACGAACUCUUGAUCAAUUAAUGGAUUCAGAAACGGGUUGACAGUAUUAAAACCACGUCGAGGAAUGACACUUGCUGAGUGAGGCAGUGUUGUGGUGCAUAUUUUUGAAAUGCCUUCGUGGUUGGUAUUGGCGUUGGCAUUAGUGCUGGAUGCUGUGUUGGUACUGGCACACCAUGCGCCGCACCCACUGGCCGCACUUGGUAACUGGGUUGACCUUACCUACGAUUUUGGUGCGGACAGUGUCCAUUGGCCAGAUGCAGACUUCCAGGACUUCCGGCUUGUGAGCGAAAUCAAGGAUUUCUUGAGUGUUGGCGAUGAUCAAUUCUGGACCGAAUCCAACACAGUUUGCUCACCCGAGCACCUCGGUACCCACGUGGAUGCACCAAGUCACUUUGCCAAGGACCGCUGGACUGCGGGUAAUAUUCCCCUUAGCCACCUUGUUGCACCUGGCGUGAAGCUGGACUUCUCAGUUGAAGCAAAUGCAGAUAACAACUAUGCUGUGAGCAAGGAGAGGAUAAUCGAGUGGGAGAAAGUACACGGCCGCAUCCCGCUCAACGCGGUUGUGCUGUUAUACUUCGAUUGGGAACGACGCUGGCCAAGUGUAGUUGACAUGUUCAACACACCAAACCCGGCAGACAACACCACGUUCAAGUUCCCUGGAUUAGAUCCGGAUGCGGCAACGUGGCUUGUGUCUGACAGGUCAAUUGUGGCCGUGGGCACUGACACGCCAUCCAUUGACCGUGGUCAAGAAACACAGUAUCGGAGUCAUAUUAUUCUUUAUGAUAAGAAUGUGUAUGGGCUUGAGAUGGUGGCAAACCUCAGUCGUCUACCGGCAACUCAGUUUGACGUGUUCAUUGCGCCAUUGAAGCUGGCUGAAGGGUCAGGUGGUCCUGUCCGAAUUGCUGCCUUCGUCUUGAAAGAAGACGGAGCUGAUUUGGGUUACACACCGCAGCAUGGCGCCACAGAGAACAUUGUAGUGAGUUAUGCGUCCCGGAAUGUGGCGAACUGGAUUGACCUGUCGCAUCCCCUGUCACCAACUAUACCGCAUUGGCCGACGUCCAAGCCGCUGAACUACACGCUCACCCGUGUCCUAAACUCGCCAUACAUAGAGUAUAGGUCAUUCUGCAUGGGGGAGCAUCUGGGCACUCAUCUGGACGCAGCCCGACACUUCAGCAAGAAUGGACAGUCGAUCAAUGAGAUCCCACUCGACCACUUGCUCGGCGUUCCUGGUGUGAAGUUCAGCAUAAAAGACAAAGCAGCAGAAGACGUCAACUCUGUUCUCACGGUUGCGGAUGUGGAGGAGUGGGAGAAGCGCCAUGGUCAAGUGCCCCAAGGUGCCGUGGUGCUGCUUGAAUUCGGUUGGGCUGACAAAUGGGACGAAGGGCCAGAAGUGUUCGUAGGGUCUAAAGUGCCCGGCGACCCGGAAUCAUUCAACUUUCCGGGCUUCGAUAAACCCGUCGUUGACUGGCUUUUUCGCAACCGGGACGUCGUCGGUUUUGGUACCGAGGGUCUGUCUCUGGACGCAGGGUCCUCCACCCAUUUCCCGGCCCACCGGGCUAUUGCUAGUGCCGGGCUCUUCGGCAUUGAGAAUGUGGCCCAUCUAGACGAGAUCCCACCCAGCAUUGUAAUUUCCCAGCAACUGAGCCGAACAUACGCCAGAACAUGUUUGGUGUUGUAA